UUAGCAACACACGAGGAGGCGGGGAGUAGCAGCGCUCAAGUCACACGCUCAGUAGUAACCAACCCACCACGUGGAUAGCUCUCCUCGACCCCGCGCUACGCAAUACUCUGACACUUCAUCUCGACACACUAGUGAACUUGAAUCGUACGUGAGCUGAAUAGUGACUGAUUGCUGUUGCGUGACUUUUACCUACGUGAGUUGUACCUGUCGUCGCUACUUUCUCGUCUUCUUCAUCGUCUUCCUCAGGAGCAAGGAAAAUGAAGACACACCUAUUUUUGAGGGCCGUGGUGGUGGCCGCGGCGUGCCUGGCGUGUGCGUGGCGUGCGGCCGCUACGGACAUGGCGCGGCGGUCGGGUGGCGCGCCUAUGGGGACGAUCACCUCGUCUACCCUGGAGUGGGUGUUGGCGAGGGGCGGGAAGGUGCCUCGCUACGCCAUCCCCAUCGACCAGAAUGGCGGGGAGGAGGGGCAGGGGCCGUUCUGGUGCAGGGGGCGAUACAGGGGCUUCAGACUAGCCGGCGAAGCAUACCCUGAGGGCCCCUGCAUCGUUCCCUUCCUGGCGAAGCUCCGGAAGAUCAGCAAAUUCGAUUUCCUGGUCUCUGUGAAUGGCUCAGCGCGGGUGGAGUUUACGCCCUGGGACAAGCUGAUGGUGAAGCCUGACGAUGCAGUCCUCACGCCCGACAAGAUGCUGGCUGUGGCGCCGACUGAAGAUGUUCCUGACCUGCAGAGGAUGCCAGGCCACCUCGGGACCAAGAGAACAGAUCGGGAGGCUUUCCUGAUCGACGGGGAUGCAGUGCGGCGAGCGAGCAAGGCGCUGGUCAUGAUUGAGGUGGAGCCGAUCGAAUACUCCCUCCAUGGCAUUGUUCUUGAAGGCAACAGAAACAGGACAAAGAAAAGCAGCGUCUCUCUCGCUAACUUCACCCUGGAGAACCCGUCCGAGGAUGAGGCUGAAGUGACCCAAGUAAAGACAUACGAGGUGGAGGAGGAGCACUACUGGGGGCAGGUCAAGGGCACCAUCACGGGCCUCGCCACCUCCGUCACCGCCCCGCAGGACCCGCCCCUGGCCAUGCCCUUCCCUAUGGACAGGUCCUUCAACUAUAUCUGGGGGAUCAGCAACGCACGCGGUCAUGUCAACACCGUAAACUUGUCCCACCGGCUCCCCGGAGGUGUGGGCGUUGAGGUGGAGGUGGAGGGGACCAUGAGGCACUACGAGGCGCCCUAUAGUGCCCUCCUGACGUCCACGUACCACGACGGUGAGGCGCGGGAGCGGCGCGUGGAGGCCCUGCACACCCACAAGGCGCUGGCGGCCGUGGUCGUCAAUUACAAGAGAUUUUACAACCUCACUACCGGGGAUGACAUCGAUCUGCCAGCCACUUCGGAGAGGGUCUUUGAACUCACCACCACGACCACGACCACCACGACAACCACGACCACCACAACAACCACCACCACCACGACCACCACCACGGAGCCACCCACCACAGCGCGGGUGCUGGAGACCGAACAAGACGCGGAGUUCGCCACGGAGCUGCCCACGGAGGUCAGCAAUGACGUGACGCAUUUGGAGUCGAAGUCCCACUCGAAGGACGCAGACUCGGAGGCGUUCCAGCGGACGAAGGAUGACAAGAGCGGCAGCCAGGCGGUCAAGGCACCUACUGACCGCGUCCUGUCUGCCCUCGCCUCCAUCUACACCACCCUCAUCUUCCGCUAUUAUGCCACGCUAAACUGAGCGGCUGGUUUCUUUUUGGCAUUCCUUUCAUCAUCCCUGAGCGGUUGGUUCUUUUCUCCCCCUUUCCUUCAAUCUCAUCCCCUAUCAACGAACUGAAUGUUUGGUUCCUCUUCUCACCUUUCCUUUCCUCUCUAUCAAUCCCUCCUACCUCCUUCCCUCCCCCCUACCUUGCCCUCCUACCCUGGUGUCCUGACAAGAGAGGGAGAUCAAGGGGGAUUCCUGACAAGCCCUGGCCCCACUGAAGGAGAGCGACGGCACAUUGCUGAGGGAAGCAAGGCAGUCACGCAGUUAGUCAGUUAAUCCGUCAAGGUAUUCCGUCAGCAUCUGAGUGGCGCAUCACAACAUUACUCAGCGUCCCGCCAUUCCUGAGUUGUGUCGCAAAUCGGCGAGUCAGCAAGUCAACAACAGAGGAAACAGAUUAUACGUGCAAGACAACACUGAACGAACAGUUAGCGGAAAGCAGCAAAAACAACAGGAAACAUGAAGAAUGAACGUUACGAAAGAAAAGGAAGAAUAAUAAAUACAUGAACACGAAUAGCGUAAAUGACAGAGGGGAAAACAAAGUGAAAACGGAUGAGAUAAAAUGAGAUAAAGAAGAAAACAAAACGUGAUUGUGAAAUAUUUGAACGUAAAAAAAACCCAGAUGGAAACAAAUGACAUCGAUGAAAAAAAAAACUAAUAAAAAUCAAACAAGCGGCGUAAGAAGAAAAUAUAAGUGAAAAUAAUAUGAAUAGGAAGAAGAAAAGAAGAAAAAAGGGAAAAAGAAAACAUCAUGAUAAAAAAGGAGUCAAUUGAAUAAUGAACAAAUGAACGCCACACACUCACUCACACACACACUCACACACUCACUCACACACACACUCACUCACUCACACACACACACACACACACACUCACUCACUCACACACACACACACACACACUCACACACUCACUCACACACACACUCACACACACACUCACAUUCUCGUUCAGUCCUCUCCAAAUGAAGCUUCGAAUAAAGAGUUCAUUGGCUGGGACCCGUGUUCAUACCUGCUUCAGCGUCCAAUUAGAGACGACAGGUAGACAAAGGGCCAUCAGGAGGAACAUGGGCGCCGGGCAACCUGGAAAAAAAAGAGGAAGGACCAUAUUUUACCCUUUCUUUUUAUCUUUUUUUACUUCAUUUGUUUUUUACGUUUCUGGCCAUCAGCAGUCUCUCUCUCUCUCUCUCUCUCUCUCUCUCUCUCUCUCUCUCUCUCUCUCUCUCUCUCUCUCUCUCUCUCACAGACAAACACAAGGGUUCUUCAUUGUGUUGUUGCGGAUGUCAGCGGGACGAUUGUGUGUGUGUGUGUGUGUGUGUGUGUGUGUGUGUGUGUGUGUGUGUGUGUGUGAAACAGAGAGAGAGAGAGAGAGAGAGAGAGAGAGAGAGAGAGAGAGAGAGAGAGAGAGAGAGAGAGAGAGAGAGAGAGAGAGAGAGAGAGAGAGAGAGAGAGAGAGAGAGAGAGAGAGAGAGAGAGAGAGAGAGAGAGAGAGAGAGAGAGUCACCAUACACACCGUCCUCCAUGCCAACACCCGCUACAGGCCUUGCAAACGGAUCCUUUGUCAUCGCUUGUUUGAAUACGAAAUUGCGAUGCUGUCCGUAAAUAAUAAAAAGAGCGCGAAGUAAAUGCUUGAAAGAAGUAGACAAGAGGAAGGAUAAUACCGAUGUUAUAGUCAAUACCCAACCGAUGUAUUUUCUAGUUAAUUAGAUUUGAAAAUAUUAUCAGUAAGUGGACUAAGAAUGAGCCAAAGGAAACACACAAAUAAACAAAUAAACAAACAGGUACAUACAAUUUCUCCAUCCGAAAUUGACCUCUCUUUUGGCUACUCUUUAUUUUUUACUUUUGUGGGAGCGGCGAGUAGCGGGCUUUUUUUUGUACUCUUUUUUGUUGCCCUUGAGCCGCAUCCUUUGAUGUAAAAAAAAAUAAUUCGGAAUCAUUCUAUUUUUUUUAAGAGAAUGAGACGUAUGAAAAGGCUUACAGAAACGACUAAUAUCAUUACAUCUUCAUGCAUAUCUUGUUCCUAUGCAUACUUAUACACUAUAUUGUACAGGUAUAUUUUCUACAUUGUAAGUACAUACAUUGAGCAUAUAGCUUCGGGGGUAUCGGGCUUCCGGUGGUAUAGGCUGCCCAUGUAUAUAUUAAUGGCAUAGAUAGUAACAGUUCUCAUGUAUAGAAAGAUUAUUAUAUCAUCACCCGACGGCCUGUGUAAAGUCGUAUGUAUAAGAGUUAUGUAAGUAUUAUAUGUAUACAAAUGUUUACGUAAUGUUUUCAGAGGAUAACUAUUUUUCGGACAAACUUUACCUUUCCUGGGCAGUAAAUAAGAAAAAAAUAGGCAUUCACUUAACUGUUAACCUAAGUCCUUCCCCUCAAAUGGUACCCUAGCCCCUUUAAAUGUUUAAGUCCUCUUUAAACGGUGACCUUUCCCUUUCACGUGUUAAUUUGGACCAUUUAAAUGGUACCCCAGCCGUCCCUUCAAUGGGUAACCUGGCCUCUUAGUUUACCUAGUCCUUUUAAAUUGUAACCUAACCCCCAAAACAUAGUCCCCUUUAUGGUUACUUAGCCCCCCUCAAAUGGUCACUUGGUCCCUUUUAAUUGUAACGUAACCCCCUUUAAAUAGUCCCCUUGCCCCCAUUGAUAUAGUAACCUGACACCUCCCUCCGAAAUGAAAAGUUACCCUCUUCUCUCAAAAGGUAAGCAAGACCCCCAUAAUUGCUGCCUUUAUCCUCUUCAAGUCGUAAAGAAGCUGCCUUAAACUGUACCGCUACCCCUUAAAUUCUAACUUAGCUCCAGUCAAUAAGUAACCCUGAGCCCCCCUUCCCCUCCCCCCCCGCCGCCCUAAUCUCACGCCCAGGUAGUGUAUAUAGCCUCACAUUAUUAUUAAGUCUUUUGGUGUUGCUUAUAGAAGACUAUUCUCGCAGUGAACCAACGGGCGAACGACGGAGUUCAAUGUGUUUCAUGUGUGAAGUGACCUGCCAAAGAGUGAAUGGUGGCGAUGUUGUUGUCUUUGUUGUUGCUUAUGUUAUGCUUCUAAUGUCUUGUUUAUGUCUUGCUUAGGGUUGUGUCCUAUUGUGGAGUUUGUGGUCUUUGUAGGUUGUGGCGUUAUCAAACCUCCGCUGUGUAUACCCUCGGGAGUGUCCUACGUUUGAACAGUCUACAAAAUAAAUAUCUUCACAGUGAGCUACAAGGAAAGAGCUUAGCAGUAUCGGAGAAGCCGGAGUAUGUUAUCUUAUCGUAUGUUCCCCUCGGUAAUAUUAUAAUAGCUUUUUUUUUCAACUUCCCUCAAGGCGCGUUUGAAAGUAUAACACAAAGGGGACCGAGGAGGAGAUAAAAGUUGGUAGCUUGGAGAAUGGAAUAUUAUAGAGAGAGGGCGUAUAGAGUUUGGAAGAGGAUCGAAGAGUAGGAAGAGGAUCAAGAAGACGUUUCAAGCCUUUUUUUCGUGUCUGGUAAAUGUGUUGGCUUGAGGUGGAUACAAUAAUUCUCUUAGUGUUUCAUUGCAUCCAUUCUACAUACACAUAAUUGAAGAAAACACAAAUACUGACUGUAGAAAAAAGAUGAAAAACUCGAAAGGAAAAUGUAAGAAAUAGAAAGAAAUUAAAUACACAGUUGAAGGAAAUCCAAAAGUUGAAUGCAAAAGGAGGAAUGAGGAAAAGAAGUAAAAGUCAAAAGUGCAAGAAAGUUUAGAUAUUAAAGUUACACAAACAGAUGAGGGAGAACCAAGAGCUAACUGCGCAAGGAUAAAAGAUGGAAAGUGUCAAGUGGAAAUAAGGAACACAGAUAAAAUAAGUACACACACAUCUGAAGGGAAAAAAUCUGGUUGAACAGGAAGAAAAAUAAAGAAAAAGAAAAUAAACCACAGGAAAUAAAGAAAUAAAAUGAUGAAAGAUGAAAAAAAAUCAAAGGCAAGAAAGAUAUAGAAAUGGAGUCAAACUUUGUUCACAUUUCAGUGGCAACAAAGACUGAGUGGAUAAAAAAAGAAAGUGUGACAAAAAAAUAAUAAACAAUGAAAGGAAAAUAUAUUAGUGUUCAGUUUCUGUUUCUGCUUUGUGUUAUUUCUUUAAUUAUUUUUUUGUACACCGAGAGAGGAAUGAAA